UGGGCGGAGCAGCAGGACGCAGGGCUGAGCCGGAGCUCUCUGAUCAGACUUCGUGGAUGCAGCGCAAGAUGAAGGACCUGGAGAAAGAGAAGGACGGAGGAAAUCGAAAAGCUGGAAGAACGAAAGAGAAUGAUCAGAGCUGGAUUCCCAAGAUCAUCAAGAAGCGAGUGUGCACCACUUUCGUUGAAAACUCUUUCAGUAAUGGAGCGUAGUGUCAGUGUGGUAGUGUGCAGGAGGUGCAUGACUCUUUGGCAACAGGGGACUACUUUGGAGCAGCUAUUGUCACCCAGUGGGACAGCAGACAGCACUCUUCAGAGUGUCCUACCGAUGCCUUUGGAGAGCUAGAGUUCGCUGGGGCUGGACGCAAAUACAGUAAUUUUCUGCGGCUAUCAUGUGACACAUCGCCUCAGAUCAUCUACACCCUGAUGACAGCUCACUGGGGCCCGCCAUCACCCAACUUGGUGGUGUCGAUGGUGGGGGGGGGUGAGAAGAUCAAAACAUGGGUGAGAGAUGUCCUCAGAAACGGGCUGGUAAGGGCUGCACAGAGCACAGGGACCUGGAUCUUGAAAGGGGGUCUGAGGGAGGGUGUGUCCCGCUGUGUGGGCGAGGCGGUGAGGGACCACGGGGCCGCAGCUCCAGCUCUCUCCGAGAAGAAAGUGAUUGCUGUGGGACUUGCACCCUGGGGCCUGGUGCACAACAGGCAGCAGCUUGUCCAUGCCCAGGGGAGUUUUCCUGCUCGAUACUAUGUUCAGAACACAUCACGUGAAUCCUGCUGCCUGGACAACAACUGCCAGGCUUUCCUCCUGGUGGAUGAUGGGAGUGUUGGCUGCCGGGGGGGAGAGGCAGUUUUUCGUGCAAAUCUGGAGGAAUACAUUUCCCAUCAGCGCACAGGCAUUUGGGGUAGUGGCAGUAUUGAAAUCCCAGUGCUUUGCAUGCUCAUCUCAGGAGACGCCAACAUGCUGGAGAGAUUAGAUGCUUCUCUGAGGAAAGCUAUGCCCUAGCUUGUUCUUGCUGUUUCUGGUCCAGCUGCAGACCUUAUCAGUGAGCUGCUGGGCAAUCUCGCCUCUGUUUCCCUCAGUCCCACCUCUCCUCCAGCAGCAGAGGGGGAGGCUGCUCACGGUCUCAGCGCAGAGCACCGUGACAGGGUCCGUGACAAGGUCCGGAAACACUUCCCAGCUGAAGCUGAGCUGGAGAAACUGGUGGACAAUGCUCUAAGUAUCUAUCAGAACAGAGAGCUCAUCACUGUUUUCCGCGGGGAACAGGAGGGUUCCGAUGAUUUUGAUACAGUUUUCCUCAAAUCCCUUGUUAGAGCUAGUAAACGUGUCUCCAGUGAAGGCAGUGAGUACACAGAAGAGCUGAAACUGGCUGUGGCCUGGAAUCGAGUGGACAUCGCCAAAGCUGAGCUCUUCAACGGAGACAUACAGUGGAAGUACAAGGACCUGGAAGACUCCAUGACAGAUGCACUGAUCAAUGACAAACCCCAGUUUGUGCGUCUCUUUUGCGAGAAUGGUCUGAAUAUCCUGGACUACCUGUCAUACCGGCGCAUGGAAAGCUUGUACCGCUCGCUGUCAGACAGCUCACGCCUAUAUGCUGCUCUGAGUGAGAGGCAGAGCCUGGCUGGAUCCCUGCCCAGUGUGGACAGACCUUUGACAGUACCUCUGAAGAGUACCCAGAGUGCAGUAACUGGACCAGCUUCAGCAAUGGAGCUCAGCCUGUAUGAGGUAUCCCGCCUGCUGUUGGACCUGUUGGGUGAUGUCUGUCAGCCCUUCUACUAUGGACCUCUGGGCCUGGACCACAGCACCAGCACCAGGAGGACGCUCAAGCAAGUCAAUAAGAUACUGUUGAGGGAGUGUAUGUACCGGGACCAGCGUUGCCUCUCACCCUGGGUAGCCCUCUUCAUCUGGGCCAUCCUGCAGAACCGCAGGGAAAUGGCCGUUUACUUUUGGGAGAUAGCAGGGGAGUCCGUGCUGAGUGCUCUGGGUGGGUAUAAGAUGCUGAGGGAGCUUUCUAAGCUCGAAAAUGAGACUGAGAACAAGCUGGCCAUGAAGGAACUGAAGCCCAAGAAGUUUGAGGACCUGGAACAUGACGUAUUUGGUGAGUGUUACCAGAACAGCGAGAGUCGUGCCUUCACUCUCCUUAUAAGGAAGUCCCCAGUGUGUGUGUGUGUGUGUGGGGGGGGGGCUACGUGCCUACAGAUGGCCACUGCAGCUGACGCUCGACUGUUCUUCAGCCACGAUGGUGUUCAGUCUCUGCUGUCUCAGAUCUGGUGGGGUGAUAUGGAGAGGAACACUGAGGUCUGGAAACUGGUUCUCACCUUCUUCCUGCCCCCCCUCCUCUACACAGACCUCAACAGCUUCAGGGAACAAGAGGAGGAGGUUAAGUCUGUGGAGGUCUACCAAGCCAGAGACAUUGACAGUCUGGAUGGGAAUGACGCUACUAGUGAGGAAGAGGCUGAAGAGUUCAGGGCUCUAAAAGGAAACCUGAAAUACUCUUUGCCAUCCAACCCCAAGAGACCAUUUUUUGUGUCACAGUGGAGACAGUUCUGGUUUGCCCCUGUCACCUCGUUCCUUGGCAAUGUGCUGAUGUACUUCCUCUUCCUCUGCCUGUUUGCCUAUGUUCUGUUGGUGGACUUCAAGCUGCCACCCCCUGAUGGUCCUGCGACUCUGGAGUUUGUGCUUUACUUUUGGGUUUUCGGCUUAGUAUGUGAAGAGAUUCGCCAGACCUUCUUUGCUGGCAGUACCUUUGUGCUCCAGAGGAUGAGGAACUACAUCCAGGAUGUGUGGAACAAGGGUGAUCUCACAGCCAUCACUCUCUUCAUUUUGGCUUUGUGCUGCAGAAUGUUUCCCUGGUCAUAUGAGUUUAGCCGAGCUGUGAUGGCCAUAGAUUUUAUGGUCUUCACACUACGUCUGAUCCAUAUCUUUGCCAUCCACAAUCCCAAGAUCAUCGUUGUUGGUAAAAUGAUGAAGGAUGUUUUCUUCUUCCUUUUUUUUUUGGCUGUGUGGCUCAUGGCCUAUGGAGUGGCCAAUCAGGUACUCCUCUACUCAUAUGAUCCCCGCCCUAAUUGGAUAUUCUGCCGAGUGUUCUACAGACCAUACCUGCGCAUUUUUGGACAAAUACCGAUAAAUGAAAUGGACGCUGACAAACUGGGGGAAGUAAACUGUACAAACAACGCCACACGAAUAGAGGCAGGAGAGGAGCCCUGCAUGAGCACCUACGGCAACUGGCUGGUUGUUAUCCUCCUUUUCAUCUAUCUGUUGUUUACCAACAUAGUACUGGUCAACCUUCUUAUUGCUAUGUUCAGCUAUACCUUCUCCAAAGUUCAGGAGCACAGUGAUAUCUACUGGAAGUUUCAGCGUUACAACCUGAGUGUAGAGCACCACUCGAGACCCUGUCUGGCACCUCCCUUCAUCAUCAUCUUACACCUCCACCUUUUCAUCAAGAGACACAUCCGCCGCCUCUCCUCAGUCAAGAGCAAACACUUUGUUCUAGAGCUGCGGGGCAUAAAGGCCAGCCGCCUCAACACAUGGGAGGCUAUCCAGAAGGAAAACCACCUCUCAACUCAGACUAAGCGACAGAGGGAGACUGACACAGAACGACUUAAAUGUACUUCUGUCAAGGUGGACAGUGUGCUGAAGCAGAUGGCAGAGAUCCGUGACCACGACCGAAGAUUGCGGCUGCUGGAGACAGAGCUUGAGUACUGCUGCAGCGCCCUCACAUGGAUGAUGGACGCUCUAUCUCAGAGUAAUCUGAUAAAGGCUGACCGCCCCCUCCGCUCCUCAGAGAUCUGACUCCACUGUCUCCAAGCUGACUUUUAUAACUCCAGGAUCAUACGCACACAGACACAAACACACA